AUGCGUUGGGUGGCAAUUGGAUCCCAUUACCGCAACGGUAGUGUGGACGGAGAGCAUAUUCGUGUCCUAUCCGUGAUGAACCACCCAAACUUCUCCGAGAACUUCGAUAAUACGAAUUACACGAAUGACUUUGAAGUAAUCGAGCUAGAGAAACCAAGCAAAUUCAAGCCUGUGAAGCUUGCCGCACCUGACGAUUCCGAGUUCAAAGCAGGGGCGUGGACUACGGCAAUGGGAUGGGGCUCAAUUUCCGAGGUGAACAUCAGUUACUCUUUCGAGCUUCAGCGCGUGGAUCUCCAGCUCGUGAGCGAUGAAGUGUGUGCUGUUAAUGUCUCACUUGACUCCAGUAUGGUGUGCACAGGUGGAGUUCUUAACCAGGACUCUUGUUUUGGAGACUCAGGGGGUCCUCUCAUUCUAGAAGAGACGGAUACAACCGAGGACAUUCUAAUUGGACUAGUGAGCUGGGGCAUUGGUGAUACGUGUGGUCGUGAAGGUUUCCCUGAUAUCUACUCUCGAGUUUUGAAUGGUCGACGUUGGAUUGACGCCAUUUUGUCUGGUAACGGAACUUGCACGGGCAUCUAA